AUGGUAACAUGUGGGUUCACAAACUCCAAAGUGGAUGUCAGCCCCACAAACAAGGCGUCAGCAAAGAUCAUUCCGCAAAACCGGUUUGAUUUAGCUUUAUUAAAGCUCUCCUGGCCCGUUGUCUUCACUGACAAGAUUAGACUAACCUGUCUCCCUGCAGCAGGUGAAGAACUGCCAGAUAACUACACAUGCGUGGUGACUGGAUGGGGAAAACUGAAUGCAAAGGGCCCUAAACCACGCAAGUUGCAGCAAGCGCUUCUUCCAGCGGUCGAAUACGACACCUGCAGCCGGUCUGACUGGUGGGGAACCGAUGUGAUAGACACCAUGAUCUGUGUUGGAGGUUAUUCCAAGACUGCAUGUGAAGGUGACCCAGGCAGUCCUUUGAAUUGCUUUGGUAGUGACGGCAGAUGGUAUAUCAAUGGCGUGGGAAGCUUCACAGGAUCCGUUCCAUGCAACACAGCACGGAAGCCCACAGUCUACACUCGAGUGUCAGCCUUCAACAGCUGGAUCAAUGAUGCAAAAGGCCUAUCAGGAAUUCAUGACAAGCAUGUUGAAGAGUCAACAGUGGAGACAAUAGAUGCCAAAAACUCCCAACGAAUCAAGACCCACAUUCCACCUGGCAAACCUGCCACACCUCAGUUUCCUGAGGAGACCCCAGGGGAAAUUUACGCCAAGAAGACCCUUUAUGGCAUUCCUCCAAGUUUCAAAGUUGUGAUGGGAGUUUUGGUUGGGCCCCCGACGAAGUUUGACCUUUCUGGUGUGCUUUCUCCAUUGGGAUAG